GAGACGCGAAGAGCAUUGGAAACGCGUCACUGCGAUCAAAGUGUGUGUCAGAGGGGACGCCGUCUCCCGCCGUCCGGUCCCUGCAUGAACAGCGCGGAGAAGCGCCGCUGCGUGGAGGCGCUCCGGGCAGCAAAACGCGCGUUGGAGGAGAGGGGCUCGGAUUUGGAGAGCACAUCCCGGAUGGCGCGGCUCAGGUGGACCAGGAGGGAGCAGUCCCUGCUGGAUAAGGUGGCCACGCUGCAGAACGAAGCUCAGCUCGCUGCCCUCAAGCAACAGCGGAGGCUGGAGCGGUACCUGGUGCACCUGAGAGGCAUCGCAGAAGAGCUCGCCGGAUACUGUAAGAGUGAUUCUAGUACAGCCGCUGACAUGCAGAGCCACGCUUCAGAUCAUUCCGGUCCAGGAAAGCUGCAGAAAACUGCUGAGGAACUUCAGCUUGUAGCAGCUGUGUUUGCCAGCUCCAUGUUGUUGGCCACAGCUGACCUUCAUGCUCUAGCAUUGGGCAAUUAG